AUGCCGACCGCGCUGCAUCCCCAAGCCAAGUUCGAUCCCAUCCCGCCGGAUCUCGACCUGCACUCCCUCGUCGACCAAACCCCGAACUUUGACUGGGUGGUCCGGAUCUCCAUCUCCCAGAUCAGAAGGCUCGGUUCGUCUGGCUUUGAGAAGCUCGUGCAGCUCCAUGUCAUCGAAGGAGGGCGCCCUCUAGUGAUUGAGGGCUGGAAUAAGGUCCUUCCUGACUCGCUGUUCAGCGCAAAAUGGCUGGAGCAAGCCUACGACAAGAAGCAGGAGAAUGUGCGCGACCUCGGCUCACAGGCCGACGUUCCCAUGACAAUGGGACACUAUCUGCGAUCCAUGCGACAGCUCUCGAACCAGUGGAGUCCGACCAACUACCGUGACGAAAGGCGCCAGCGACUUUAUCUGAAGGAUAUCGAUUGCCCUCCGGAGUGGUACGACCACUUGCGCAAGGUCAUCCCACCAAACGUCUUCUACAUGAAUGACAACGUGAGCGACAAUGUCGGCGUCGAUGCUCGCCAUGACGAUGACAUAUUUGGUGCACCCGAACCCACCGCUGCCGUUGCCGGAGACCUGAUGAGUUGCUUGCCCGAAGACAUGCGUGCUCAGAACCUCAUGUGCUACAUCGGCCACGAGGGCACCUACACUCCGGCACACAGGGAAAUGUGUGGCAGUCUGGGACAGAACAUCAUGGUAGAGGCGUCGGGGGAUGCGAAUGGCGAGAAGCCCGGCAGCUCCAUCUGGUUCAUGACGGAAACCAAGGAUCGCGAGGUCGUUCGCGAGUACUUCCUUUCCAUGCUGGGACAUGACGUUGAGAUCGAAAAGCAUUUUGCCCAGAUCAACGCAUGGAAGAAGGCCAAUUUCCCAGUCUAUAUAGUAGAGCAGAAAGUGGGAGAUUUCAUCCUUGUCCCGCCAUUGGCACCUCAUCAGGUGUGGAACAGGGGCACUCGGACCAUGAAGGUGGCAUGGAACAGGACCACCGUCGAAACCCUCGGUCUCGCUUUGCAUGAGGCGCUCCCCAGGACGAGGCUGGUUUGCCGUGACGAGCAAUACAAGAACAAGUCGAUGAUCUACUUCGCUUUGGAUAAGUACCAUAAAGAGCUGCAGAUUGCCGAGGACUCUGCAGACUCUGGCCUGCUCGGUCUUGGCCGCGAAUUGACAAAUUCACCUCGGAUAAAGCAGAUAGCUGCCGAUUUCCGACAGCUUUUCGAGCUUUUCACCGAGGUUUUGAUCGACGAAAUGUUCGGUCACAAGCAGAUGGACAUCGAGUUCAUCGAAUUCGAUUCAAACAUUACGUGCUCUUAUUGUCGGUCCAACAUUUUCAACAGGUUCCUGACCUGCAAGUGUUGUGUCCGGACACUGGUUAAUGGCGACGAGGACACCUACGAUAUUUGCAUGGAGUGCUAUGUCAUGGGCCGAUCCUGCGUUUGCAUUUCUGGACUUCAGUGGUGCGAACAGUGGCGCUGGUCACACCUGGUGGACAAGCAUGAGACCUGGCGAGCCAUGGUCAUCAAACAGGACGGUUUCGUUGAUAUCGACUCAUCGCCACAGCCAAUAGAAAUAGCACGCAAGAAAUCCAGAAAGAGGUCGGUUGCUGAGUUGUGCCAAGAGCAACUACGGCGUCGGCCGUGGAACGAUAUUACUAAACCGCCAGAGGAAGCAGCCCCUUAUGAGUCGGAACCUGAGCCCGAGGUGGACGACGAAGGGCGUGUUAAGAAAAAGCCCAAGCCAAAACGCAAGGUCAAGAAAGGUGAUACAUAUCGUUGCCAUGUGUGCUGUCAUAAGGAUUACAGAUAUAGACUGAGCUUCUGCAAAACUUGUCAGGAAGCAUAUUGUUACGGCGUUCUCUUCAGAGCGUUCGACACUAUGCCUCAGGCCGCCAUGGAGCAAGAACACUGGCAGUGUCCGAGAUGUCUCGGCAUCUGCAACUGCGGGUCAUGUAGAAGGGCAGGAAACACCAAGCCCUAUGUGCCCAAAUCCACCCUCUUGGGACAUGACACACGCAAGGUUGCAGACGACCGUAGCGUUGAGUCGGUAGUCGACUUCCGCAUUCACAACUUAAACUGGCUCAAGGGCACGGGAGAAGAAACACGCAGCAAGAACUCGAAGAGGAUGCAGCGAUUGAUGGAGCAAGCUGAAGCGGAGAAGGCGAAAGAUCCCUUAGCGGCAUUAGACGCUGCGGAGGACGCUCCUCACGAGGUCCUACCGGAGUCCUAUGGCCAAGACGGUAUGGCAUCCGGUGCUGCUGGCGAAACACAGAUCGGCGAAACCGCUGAAAACCGGGCCUCAGUGGCUGAUAUGACGGGCAUUGAAAAUGACGAGGGCGACUCGGCAUACCCGGAUCCAACCGCAUAUCCCAGUCCUCAAACAGGCGGCCGCAUGAUGGGUAUGGGCUUCUACGAGCAGGAUGAUAGUGCAGAUCGAAUUCUAUUUGAUGCUUUCCAGAUCCCUUCUGCCGACGCUUUGAACAACGAGCCAGAAGUAUCGGAGUUCGUCAAGAAAACACUACGGAUGGCAAAGCGGAGAGCAAGACUGGAGACAGAUGAUGACCCCGACUUCCAAGGACCCAAGAGUCAUCAUCGCAAGAAGCCCAAGACUGGUAACAUCGAUCAACUUGUGAACCUUGAUCCAGCUUUGCUAGGAAAUCUCGGUAAUCCUAGCGACAGCACCACCGGCACACCAAUUCGUGCAGAUGCGCAGCCGAGAUCUAGCGAGGGUUCGGCCGCCCCUGAGGGUGUCACUGAGCAAUCAGAUGCCGAUACAAACCAACCAAAGACGAGACCGAUCAGAGCACCGCUGCCCAUAGAUCCUCUCCGGCCACAAUUACGCCACGCCAAGCCGGCACAGUCAUAUGUGGAGGCGGAGGAGCCUGGAGAGGAGCCUGAGGAUCUACUUGCUGUCGAUUCGAUCAAGCUUUUCGGAACGGAGAAAGAAGUUGAGAUGACGAAAGACCCCAUUGACUUGGCUGCUGACGCCAUUCGUGCACUCACGGGGCAAGGGACUCCGCCAGAUGCAAACUCUACUCCCAAAGAAGGGGUCAAGAAACGUGGUAGGCCCCCGGGGCGGCCUCCAAGGUCGUCUCUGCCAGGCAACACACCCGCCUCGGCCACUAAGGGAGGCAAGAAGCGCGGCCGUCCACCUGGCAAAGGCAAGCCCCGGCAGCCAGCCACAGAUGAUGUCGACGGCAGCGAAGAUGUAGUCAUGGCUGAUGCUGUUCAAGAGGACACCGCCGACUCGCUACUUGACGAGCUCGAGGCUCAAUUAGAGGCAGAUAUGGCUAAGGAAGGUGACAGCGAACCCGCAAGUCGGCUUCCCCUGUUGCGCGAGCCUGCACCAAAACGCCGGGGUCGUCCUCCGGGUAGGAAAUCCAUGCCUGCCUCGCUCCCAGAGCCAGAACCUGUACAGACGCCGGCCCCUGUUCAUAGCUUUAUGUCAAUGGCUGAGCGUAUGGCGGCCCGCGGCAAGAAGUUCAAGAUCCGUGCAAGAACUUCGUCUGGCACUGCCAGCAGUCCAGCACUUGCGUCCACCCCGAAAAGUGUGGCCAAGAAGCAGGACACGACGCAGAAGCCCUCCAAAGAGGAAACUCGUAGGGCUGUUUCGGACACCGCCCCCAAGCGCGGCAGGCAGGAGCUUGUGGACGAUGAAUUCAAUGAUCCACAGGCAGAAGCUUCAGACUCGGUGUCUUCGGACGAUGACAGCGCAGUCCGGAGGCAGACCCUAGACCCCAAGCCAAGAGGGAGACCGCCUGGAAGACCGGCAAUGAGACCAGCAGUGGAAACGUCAGGGCCAACGGUCGUGCGCUUGGAUCUAUCCGAUGGCUUUGGCUCAUCCGAUAGUGACAGCGAUUCGGACGACGAUGAUGAAGAAGGGAUUCCGGCGACGCCGAAGUACACUGCAGUCAGAGGCGGCCGAGGCAGAGGUCGACCCGGCAGGCCUGCGGGUCUCGGUCGAGGCCGCGGCGGACGCGGACGUGGACGCGGACGUGGCUGA